AGGUCAUAAAAUUCUUUAUUCUGCUUUCAAGAGUCAAGUUGAAUUUCAUUCAUUCGUGAAAGAGCUACCUAGUUGCACGACGUGUCCUACAAUUUGUGAUAAUUUUAAUAAUUUUUGUGAAUUCCAAAAAGAAACCACCAUGCAGAUUUUUGUAAAAACUCUCACUGGUAAAACCAUAACAUUAGAAGUCGAAGCAUCCGACACCAUAGAAAAUGUAAAAGCAAAAAUUCAAGACAAAGAGGGCAUUCCUCCAGAUCAGCAGCGACUGAUUUUCGCUGGGAAACAACUUGAAGACGGACGGACAUUAUCCGAUUACAAUAUUCAAAAAGAAUCUACUCUCCAUUUGGUAUUACGUCUGAGAGGUGGAAUGCAGAUCUUUGUGAAAACACUUACCGGUAAAACCAUCACACUAGAAGUUGAAGCAUCUGACACCAUUGAGAAUGUGAAAGCCAAGAUUCAGGACAAAGAGGGAAUUCCCCCAGAUCAGCAGCGAUUGAUCUUUGCGGGCAAACAGCUUGAAGAUGGCCGUACAUUAUCUGACUACAACAUCCAGAAAGAAUCUACUCUGCAUUUGGUGUUACGUCUCAGAGGUGGCAUGCAGAUCUUUGUGAAAACACUUACCGGUAAAACCAUCACACUAGAAGUUGAAGCAUCUGACACCAUUGAGAAUGUGAAAGCAAAGAUUCAGGACAAAGAGGGAAUUCCUCCGGAUCAGCAGCGGUUGAUCUUUGCGGGCAAACAGCUUGAAGAUGGCCGUACACUAUCCGACUACAACAUCCAGAAAGAAUCUACUCUGCACUUGGUUUUGAGACUGCGUGGUGGCAUGCAGAUCUUUGUGAAAACACUUACCGGUAAAACCAUCACACUAGAAGUUGAAGCAUCUGACACCAUCGAAAAUGUGAAAGCCAAGAUUCAGGACAAAGAGGGAAUUCCCCCAGAUCAGCAGCGAUUGAUCUUUGCGGGCAAACAGCUUGAAGAUGGUCGUACACUAUCUGACUACAACAUCCAGAAAGAAUCUACUCUGCAUUUGGUAUUACGUCUCAGAGGUGGCAUGCAGAUCUUUGUGAAAACACUUACCGGUAAAACCAUCACAUUGGAAGUUGAAGCAUCUGACACCAUCGAAAAUGUGAAAGCCAAGAUUCAGGACAAAGAGGGAAUUCCCCCAGAUCAGCAGCGAUUGAUUUUUGCUGGCAAACAGCUUGAAGAUGGUCGUACAUUAUCUGACUACAACAUCCAGAAAGAAUCUACUCUGCAUUUGGUGUUACGUCUCAGAGGUGGCAUGCAAAUCUUUGUGAAAACACUUACCGGUAAAACCAUCACACUAGAAGUUGAAGCAUCUGACACCAUUGAAAAUGUGAAAGCAAAGAUUCAGGACAAAGAGGGAAUUCCCCCAGAUCAGCAGCGAUUGAUUUUUGCGGGCAAACAGCUUGAAGAUGGCCGUACAUUAUCUGACUACAACAUCCAGAAAGAAUCUACUCUGCAUUUGGUGUUACGUCUCAGAGGUGGAAUGCAGAUUUUUGUGAAAACACUUACCGGUAAAACCAUCACAUUGGAAGUUGAAGCAUCUGACACCAUCGAAAAUGUGAAAGCCAAGAUUCAGGACAAAGAGGGAAUUCCCCCAGAUCAGCAGCGAUUGAUUUUUGCUGGCAAACAGCUUGAAGAUGGUCGUACAUUAUCUGACUACAACAUCCAGAAAGAAUCUACUCUGCAUUUGGUUUUGAGACUGCGUGGUGGCAUGCAAAUCUUUGUGAAAACACUUACCGGUAAAACCAUCACACUAGAAGUUGAAGCAUCUGACACCAUAGAAAAUGUGAAAGCCAAGAUUCAGGACAAAGAGGGAAUUCCCCCAGAUCAGCAGCGAUUGAUUUUUGCGGGCAAACAGCUUGAAGAUGGUCGUACAUUAUCUGACUACAACAUCCAGAAAGAAUCUACUCUGCAUUUGGUGCUACGUCUCAGAGGUGGAAUGCAGAUUUUUGUGAAAACACUUACCGGUAAAACCAUCACAUUGGAAGUUGAAGCAUCUGACACCAUCGAAAAUGUGAAAGCCAAGAUUCAGGACAAAGAGGGAAUUCCCCCAGAUCAGCAGCGAUUGAUUUUUGCGGGCAAACAGCUUGAAGAUGGUCGUACAUUAUCUGACUACAACAUCCAGAAAGAAUCUACUCUGCAUUUGGUUUUGAGACUGCGUGGUGGCAUGCAGAUCUUUGUGAAAACACUUACCGGUAAAACCAUCACACUAGAAGUUGAAGCAUCUGACACCAUUGAGAAUGUGAAAGCCAAGAUUCAGGAUAAAGAGGGAAUUCCCCCAGAUCAGCAGCGAUUGAUCUUUGCGGGCAAACAGCUUGAAGAUGGUCGUACACUAUCUGACUACAACAUCCAGAAAGAAUCUACUCUGCAUUUGGUAUUACGUCUCAGAGGUGGCAUGCAAAUCUUUGUGAAAACACUUACCGGUAAAACCAUCACGCUAGAAGUUGAAGCAUCUGACACCAUUGAGAAUGUGAAAGCCAAGAUUCAGGAUAAAGAGGGAAUUCCCCCAGAUCAGCAGCGAUUGAUCUUUGCAGGCAAACAGCUUGAAGAUGGUCGUACACUAUCUGACUACAACAUCCAGAAAGAAUCUACUCUGCAUUUGGUUUUGAGACUGCGUGGUGGCAUGCAGAUCUUUGUGAAAACACUUACCGGUAAAACCAUCACACUAGAAGUUGAAGCAUCUGACACCAUUGAGAAUGUGAAAGCCAAGAUUCAGGAUAAAGAGGGAAUUCCCCCAGAUCAGCAGCGAUUGAUCUUUGCAGGCAAACAGCUUGAAGAUGGUCGUACACUAUCUGACUACAACAUCCAGAAAGAAUCUACUCUGCAUUUGGUGUUACGUCUCAGAGGUGGAAUGCAGAUUUUUGUGAAAACACUUACCGGUAAAACCAUCACAUUGGAAGUUGAAGCAUCUGACACCAUCGAAAAUGUGAAAGCCAAAAUUCAGGACAAAGAGGGAAUUCCUCCGGAUCAGCAGCGAUUGAUCUUUGCGGGGAAACAGCUUGAAGACGGCCGUACACUAUCUGACUACAACAUCCAGAAAGAAUCUACUCUGCAUUUGGUUUUGAGACUGCGUGGUGGCAUGCAGAUCUUUGUCAAAACACUUACCGGUAAAACCAUCACAUUGGAAGUUGAAGCAUCUGACACCAUCGAAAAUGUGAAAGCCAAGAUUCAGGACAAAGAGGGAAUUCCUCCGGAUCAGCAGCGAUUGAUCUUUGCGGGCAAACAGCUUGAAGAUGGCCGUACACUAUCUGACUACAACAUCCAGAAAGAAUCUACUUUACAUUUGGUUUUGAGACUCCGUGGUGGCAUGUAGAUAUGCAGCUUUUAAAAAUUGUAGUAUUUGAAUUAGUAGUUUGAUUGACACUUCAAAAACAAAAAUAUGCAAAACAUUUCAGAUAUUCUAAUUUUUUCUCUGAAUUACAAAUAAAUGGCUUUAGAUCUA